GAACUCUCUUUCCUUCAAACUCCUUUCACCAGGAUGAGGAGAGGGAGAGAAAUAGAAAUAUGAUUGAGAAGAAGAAUAAGGCAAGGGUAAUUAUUGUAGGAGGGAGUAUAGCUGGGGUAUCCUGCGCCCAUGCGCUCACUUCAGUAGGAUGGGAAGUUGUGGUGCUUGAGAAAACGAGCGCACCCCCAACUGGGAGCCCAACCGGGGCUGGCCUGGGGCUUGACCCUUUGGCUCAAAAACUCAUUGAUUCCUGGCUUGGUCAUCCACAACUCCUCCAGCAGACAACCUUGCCUCUCAUAAUUGAUCAGAACCAAGCAACAGAUAGUGCUAAAAAGGAGAGUUGGACACUGACAAGAGAUGAGGAAUUCAAUUUUAGAGCAGCACAUUGGGCUGAUCUCCAUGGCCUUCUAUACAAUGCAUUGCCACCAGAUAUAUUCUUUUGGGGUCACCAAUAUAUCUCUUUCAGCAUUGUGGACAAAGCCUCUGUCAAAGUCAAGGCUAAAGUACUUCAAAAUGAUGAGAUCAUUGAGAUAGCUGGAAAUUUACUCGUUGCAGCCGAUGGAUGCCUCUCUUUAAUCCGCCAAAGUUUUCUCCCAGACGUUAAAUUGAGGUAUUCAGGUUACUGUGCAUGGAGAGGGGUUCUUGACUUUUCAGGAAAAGAGGAUUCAGAAACCAUUAAAGGCAUCCGGAAAGCGUACCCUGACCUUGGGAAGUGUUUGUAUUUUGACCUUAGCUCUGGAAGUCAUAUUGUGCUUUAUGAACUUCCAAACAAAAGGCUCAAUUGGAUUUUUUAUGUCACUCAACCUGAGCCUGAGAUAACGCGAAAUUCAGUUACUAUGAAAGUAAGUGAAGAUAUGAUAAACAAGUUGAUCCAAGAAGCAGAGAAAGUUUGGGUUCCAGAGUUUGUGAGAGUCAUGAAGGAGACGAAGAACCCUUUCUUAAAUGCCAUAUACGAUUGUGACCCUCUAAGAUGGAUCUUUUGGGGCAAUGUAGUGCUGAUUGGAGAUGCUGCUCACCCAACAAGUCCUCACGGCCUGAGAAGCACAAACAUGUCAAUACUAGAUGCAGCAGUUUUAGGCAAAUGCAUAGAGAAGUGGGGAUUGGAAAAUUUACAAUCAGCUCUGGAAGACUAUCAGUCCAUCAGGCUGCCUGUUACCUCUAAACAAGUGCUGCACGCGCGGCAGUUGGGUCGAAUUAAACAAGGCUUGGAUGUUCCUAAUCGCGAGCCAUUUGAUCCGAAGAAAGCAACUCCAGAGGAUUGUAAAGAUCUUCAACAGAAGAACAUGCCGUUCUUCACUAGUGUUCCUCCAUUAAUUAAUUGAUUCUAUAUUACAUUGUGUUUGAUCUCUGAAAAGACAAAAAUAAAUUGACAGUUGAAGUCAAGUACUGUGCAUAAUGCAUGAAUUAUAAGGAAACAAUUUUCUGGUUAUCAUUGCUUAAAAAAUAUCUUU